CACACACAGUCGGAACUGAGCUAAACAAAGAGAGACUCGCAUCCUUUAUUUUAAGAAAGAUGGAAACAUGACGUCGGAUUCGGAGCGACCUGGAAACGCAGAGUAGGCGAGGAACGCACGCCGGUGACGAGGACGAGGAACUGGUGCGUCUUUGGCUCCGGAGGCACCAAACUUCAGUAAGGAGCUGAUCCAUUUAGAAGAAGCAGCUUCUCUGCGAGACUGAGCAUGACUCUGACCUCUCUUGCACAUCUCUGAUUACAUUGUGCUCUGAAGUGUGGGGAACGUGCGUGUCUAACCGUGCAAAUGCUGGGAUGGCUCGUGGCUCUGUGCGUUGUGAUCCUGGUGGUCCUGAUACGGCCGGGCUCCAAAUAUUUUGGCACCGAGAGCCCCCCGGAUGCUCUGCUCCACGGACUGGGGAUUCCACAGCAGGCGGUCAGGGACAAGUCCGGGGGGUGCGUCCCGGAGCCGGAGGAGAGGGACGAUGGAACAGCGCGCACCGUGGCACUGAUCUGCAAACCCUCCGCGCUGGCCAACUACCUCCUGAAGCACUGCAGGACUUUCAGCCACUACGCGCCGUGCGUCGGCUGGACGUGGCGGGCCAGCGCCUUCCUGCACAGCGCGUACGAGGCGUGCUGGCCCUACGACUGUCCGGUCCAGUUCGUGCGGAACAACCUGCAGCUGAGCGACGACGGGCUGGUGGCCCUGGACUGGGCUGUGCCAUCCUACCAGAAGCGACGCAGAACUUCCAGCCACUCCACCAGUCCCAUUCUCCUCAUCAUCCCCAACUCCUUUGGGAAAAUCACUAGGAACGUGUUGAAGUUGUGUGAAGCGGCCCUGUCCCACGGCUACCUUCCUGCCAUCUUCAACCGCCGCAGCCACAACAGCACGCCGCUCACCACCCUCAAGCUGCAGCAGUUUGGAGACCCGGCGGAUCUGCGCGAGGCCGUGCGCUACAUUCGCCACAGGCAGCCGGCCGGGAGACUGUACGCAGUGAGCGAGAGCAGCGGGUCAGGCCUCCUCCUGUCGUACCUGGGGGAGUGCGGAUCGUCGAGUUACGUGACGGCAGCCGUCUGCCUGUCGCCCAUGUUCCGCUGCCAGAGCUGGUUUGAGAACGGGCUGUGCUGGCCCCUGCAGUGGGCACUGGUGCUCUACCAGAAGAUUGGUCUCAGCAGGUACAGGACGGUGCUGGGAGAGACUAUACAGACAGACACCCUGUUUUCUAGCUGUUCCUUGCGCAGCCUGGAGGAGGCGCUGUUCUGUCAGACUGGACAUACAGGCCCUGCACCAUCAGCAGCAGUAGCAGCAGCUACAGGAAGCAGUGGUAGCACCAAUACAUCAGGUACCUGGGAGGCUUACUGGGAACAUAACGAGCCCUUGAGAGACGUGGACGAAGUGGCCAUUCCUGUUCUGAGCUUGUGCGCUCGGGACGACCCGGUCCGCGGGGACACCCACUCCACCAUACCCUUGGAACUCUUUGAGACCAACCCACAUUUUUUUCUCCUCCUAACGGACCGUGGAGGUCACUGUGGUUUCUCCACCCAGUCUGAGGAGAGUGGUGCUGGUGCACUAAGUGCAGCCGGCACUCCGGCCGUGCCGAGCCGUGGGACCAGUUGGAGCCACAGAGCUCUGCUGGAAUUCUUCCGGGCGACCACAGACUUCUUUGCCGCUGAGGAGAGAGCAAAGCAGCUCGCCGCCAGGAGGAGGGGGCUGGGCGGGGGGGCAGGGGCAGGGGGCAGGUUUUUCCGGCACCGCAGUGUCAGCACAUGUAAAAAGGUGCCAGCGUGUUCCCAUAAUAUCCACGCCAUUUACAACUGGCAGAGGUCCUACACACGAUGA